GCAGGGAGGCGGAGAAGGAGAAGAAAGCUACAACAUGGCGGCCACGGCCGCCCCAAAGCUCUGGGCGCUGUGAGGGGGGGGGCGGGGACGAGCCCAGGAGCCAGCCCCCGACGAGGGGAGGGGGGGGUCGGUCCAGCCCCCCCUCGCCCUGACCCCAAAGUGGGGCCCACCGCGAUGGGGGUCCAGGGCUUCCAGGAGUUCGUGGAGAAGCGGUGCCCGGGUGCCGUGGUGCCCGUCGACCUGCUUAAGCUGGCCCGGGCGGCGGGGGUCCGUGGGGGGCCCCCCUACUGCAGCCUGGCCGGCUACCUCCAGCCGCUGCCCGGGCCCUACCCGCCGCCUCUCGCGACCCACUCCCAGCAUGCUCCGGGGCUGGCGACGGUGGCUCAUUCCCAGCAUGCUCCGGGGCUGGCGACGGUGGCUCAUUCCCAGCAUGCUCCGGGGCUGGCGACAGUGGCGGCCCACUCCCAGCAUGCUCCGGGGCUGGCGGCCCACUCCCAGCAUGCUCCGGGGCUGGCGACGGUGGCGGCCCACUCCCAGCAUGCUCCGGGGCUGGCGACGGUGGCGGCCCACUCCCAGCAUGCUCCGGGGCUGGCGACGGUGGCGGCCCACUCCCAGCAUGCUCCGGGGCUGGCGACGGUGGCGGCUCACUCCCAGCAUGCUCCGGGGCUGACGUCGGCCUGCCCGGCCCGGCUGCUGGUGGACGCGGACUCGGCCCUGCAGCGGCUGUAUGGCGGCUACCAGACAGACUGGGUGUGCGGUGGCCAGUGGAACGCCAUGGUGGGCUACCUGGCGGCCCUGUCCCAGGCCUGCCUCUACCAGGGCGGGCUGGAGCUGGCAGUCAUCUUCAACGGCGGGCUGGGCAAGGAGCGGCUGCCCGAGUGGGGCCGCAAGGCCCAGGCCGAGCGGCAGACGGCCCAGCUCAUCGCUGGCCACGUGGGCAACAAGGGCACGCCGCCCCCCCGGGCCUGGUUCCUGCCCCCUGCCUGCCUGGGGCACUGUGUCCGCCUGGCCAUGAUCCGCUUCCGGGUCAAGGUCUUCCAGAGCCUGGAGGACCAUCACCUGGAGGUGGUGUCCUUCUUCCGGGAGCGUGGCUUCCACGGGCUGCUGGCCCACGACUCGGAGUUCGCCCUGGCCAGCCUGCCCUGCUACUUCAGUGCCCACGCCCUGAAGCUGAGCUGGAACGGCAAGAGCCUCACCACCAAUCAGUUCCUCAUGCACCAGGUGGCCAAGCAGCUGGGCCUGAAGGUCUCCAGCUUCCCCAUCUUCGCCGCCCUGCUGGGUAACCACAUCCUCCCGGACGAGGACCUGGCUGCUUUCCACUGGAGCUUGCUGGGGCCAGACCACCCACUGGCAUCGCUCAAGGUAGCCUCACGGCCCCUGGCUCCACCCCGCAGCAGCCUGGUCCGAGCCCACCAGCUGGUGUUGCCCCCCUGCGACGUGGUGAUCAAGGCUGUCUCGGAGUAUGUCAGCGCCAUCAAAGACCCCUACAACCUGGAUGCCUUGGGGAGAGACGUCUUCAAACACUCUCAGUCCAGGACGGAGGAUAAGAUCGAGCGCUUCAAGAAAGCCGUGAACUAUUAUUCGGUGACUGCCAAGAUGCCACCGGCUCCUGUGGGCCCAUCCUCGUUUGUACUGCCAGGCUAUGGAUCCAACCACUUCGGAGGAGCAGCCCCUGCACAGCACAGCCCGGUGGGAUCCCUCCCCAUGGGGAAGCCGAUGUUCCCCCACCACCUGGGGCCAAAGAUGCAGUACCAGCCGCCGGCCCCUCCCUCCUCCUCCUCCUCGGCUGCCUCCUUCCCCCCGGGCCCCAGUGCCAGCCUCCUCUUCUCCCCACACCCGCUCGGAGACAUGCCCCCCUUUAACGAGGACCCCAUCCUGAAGGGCGGCGAGUUCAACAGCUGGCCCAGCGCCUACGACGCCAAGUUCCCCCACCACCACCGGGGCCCCAAGCCCUCCCCUUCCUCCGGGCCAGCCUCCUCUCCCUCCUCCUCCUCCGAUGGCGAAGAGCACAACGGGGGCAGUGCCAACCACAUCUCCGAGGUGCUGCAGCCCAAGUCUGGCUGGGAGGGGCCCGGUGCCGAGAAGCUGAGCCGGGGCUGGGGGCAGGCGGGGGGCUCCGGCGACACCGACGGGCCCCUGGCUGGGCCUGAGCCCUCCAUCCCCUCGCUGCUUUCCAUGGCCACCCGCAACCACAUGGACAUAACCACCCCCCCGUUGCCCCCUGUCGCUCCUGAGGUCCUGCGGGUUGCUGAGCACCGGCAUCGACGUGGCCUCAUGUACCCUUCCAUCUACCAUGUUCUUACCAAGGGCGAGAUCAAGCUCCCGGUGUGCAUCGAGGAUGAGUGUAAUACUGAGUUGCCUCCAGCCGCCGUCCUCUUCCGCGGCGCCCGCCAGCAUAUCUAUGGGGUGCUGUUUGGCGUGGCUGAGAACCAGCGCCGGGUGGAGCGCCUGGCCAUCCGCCGCCGCAUCCCCACGGAAGUGCCACCUGUGAUCAUCAAGGAGUGGGCGGCGUACAAGGGGAAGUCCCCACAGACGCCAGAGCUGGUCUCGGCCCUGGCCUUCCGCGAGUGGACCUGCCCCAACCUGCGGAAGCUGUGGCUGGGGAAGGCGGUGGAGGACAAGAACCGGCGCAUGAGGGCCUUCCUGGCCUGCCUGCGGGCCGACACGCCCGGCAUGUUGAACCCCGCCAACGUACCCACGCACCUGCUGCUGAUGUGCUGCGUGCUACGUUACAUGAUCCAGUGGCCUGGAGGGAGGAUCCUUCAUAGGCACGAGCUGGACGUGUUCCUGGCUCAGGCGGUUUCUUCUCAGCUCUACGAGCCGGAUCAUCUGCAGGAGCUGAAGAUCGAGAAGCUGGAUGCCCGGGGCGUGCAACUGGCAGCCCUUUUCAUGAGUGGAGUAGAUACGGCUCUGUUUGCCAACGACGCCUGUGGGCAGCCGGUGCCCUGGGAACACUGCUGCCCCUGGAUCUACUUCGAUGGCAAACUCUUCCAGAGCAAGCUCAUCAAAGCCACCCGUGACAGGGCUCCCCUCAUUGAUCUGUGUGACGGACAGACGGAGCAGGCGGCCAAAGUGGAGAGGAUGAGACAGAGCAUCCUGGAGGGCGUGAACUUCAACCGCCAGGCCCCGCCCCCUCUGCUCCCACCCCCUCCCUUUGUGCCUGCCAUGGCUGCGCCCUUCUAUUCGAUGCCCCUCUACCCCCGCACCACGGGCUCUGCGCCGCUGCCACCCCCUGGGAGGAGCAGAGGGUUCACAGGUCUCCACCCCAUCCCGCCUCAGGGGGGCAAGCUGGAGAUCGCCGGCAUGGUCGUUGGCCAGUGGGCGGGCAGUAAGCCCUCGCGGGGGCGGGGCUCCUUUGGGAUGCAGGUGGUGUCUGUCGGGGGGCCAGGCAAGGGACGCAGUCGAGACGGGUCUGGAAAACUCCCCAAAGGAAACAAGAAACUGAGCAAGCAGGGCUCAUUGGAGGGAGCAGCCAAAGCAGCGGAGUUGCAGAGCGGGCAGUCCCCGUCGCAGGUGAACGGGGAUGAGGAUUCGGGGGGCGGUCCCUGCCCCCCAGCCCCAUUACAAUGUGCCUUAGCCAGAGACGCUGAUCCCUGCAGUGACGAGGGCCAGUACUGCGGGCGGCUGGCCCAGGAGGUGGAUCGCGGCCCCGACACCAAGCUGCCCCUCCCAGCUCUGCAGAAGGAAGAGUGAUGGGGACCUGAUUCGGGGAUGGGUGGGGCUUUCCGGGGGGGCGGGGCCCGGAGUGUGAAAGCCUCAGGGUACCGUGAGGACAGUGGGGUUGGAAAGGCAGCACCCCAGUGCAUUGUGGGGGAUCGUCCCCUAAUUAAAGGGGUGAUCGCCUACAGCGCCCCAGUGCAUUGUGGGAGGAUAUGUACCUGUUUCCCUACCCCCGCCCCCUCCUGGCACUGACCCCCCCCCCCCCCCAUCGGGUCCGCAACAUGGCGUAUUUUAUUAUUUUUUUAUUUUAAUAUUUGUGGGGUGGGGAGCUGACGGUUUUUAGGGUUUUUAACAUAUUAUACAUAGCCCCUCCCUCGGCUCUUGCAGCAGGGGGCAGGGAGAAAUGCUGUUAAAUAAAGGGGGAGCCGUUAAAAGGAAGCCAGCCAGGAUGAAUCAAAGCGAGUGGGGAGGGGUGACAUUUGGGGGCUCAACCCAGGCUGCUAAGGGGUCGUGGCGCCCCCUGCCCUACAACACGGUGUGCUCUAUAUGCCCCAGCACCCGCAGCCAGCUGAGGAGCGCAUCAGUCAUGCCCCUCGCUGCUCUGGGGGGAGCCCCAAAAUGUCACGGGGGUGGGGACGCGGAUUUCCCCAAUAUUUGGCGGGUGCAGAUGCCCCCAGCCCGUGUUCAUUUUGGGCAGCGCAGAGGUUCAUACGUUACCCUGGGGGCGAGUUCGGGGCAGACGUGGUGACGGCAGAAAUCCGCCCGGGCUUUGUACAGAGAGAAGAGAGAUUAUAUUUACAGAGACAGAUUCUAUAUAGAAACUACGUAUCUCGGGGGGAGGGGGGGAAUUCCCUUGUCCCCAGCCACAGCUCCAGAGCUGUCCACGUCGGACCCAGGGGGGCAGGGGCAGUCGGGGAUCCCUCCAAAACCAGACAGGUCCCCCUUUGCUUCCGUGGAGUCCCCCGUCCUGGCUGCAGUUCCCAGCAGGACUGAUCAAUGGAGGAUGGAGGAGGGGUUCAGGUUGGUGACCCAUGGGGAGGGGUGGGCAGGGAUAUUGAGGCUGGGCGCUAUUAGGGUUUCUGUCCCAUGGGAGGAGAGUGCAGGGAUUUGGAGGCUCACUGACCGGGGAUGUAUUGGUGCAGAGGGGGGGGACCCCUUUAAAGACCCAUUAAAAUCUGGACCAUACAGGGUGGAAAAUUUGAAGGUUUUGUGGACUAUCCUACCCCCUACCCCGACUCUUAACUUCCGGCAGGGGGGCUGGUGGUGAAUUCCUAUCCUGGCCCCCCAGACGUGUAUAAAAACUGGGCAGUGCGACUCCACACUUGGUCAAUCCGCGCCCCUGUCGGCACGGGAAGGCUUGAAUUCCCCUGUGCUGCGCGUGGCUCGGUGUGGUCCUGCAUCCUUCAUUUUCUGAGCACGUCACUUCCCUGGUAGCCCUGGCUGCCGCCCAGAAGCAGGGCAGAGACGGCCAGGCCGUGGGGAUUUGGGGAACAGGGAGGGGGUGGGAAAGAGCCCAGAUCUCGAUAAAACUUAUUUUCCCCUCCCCUCGGGGUUGGGGGGAUGGGAGGAAAUCUGAACACCCCCUUGUUUGAUCGGGGCACUGAACCCUUUUAACUUGACUGAUACGCCAGCAAAGACUCCGGAAAACUAUCUCCGGACUCUGAUUACUUGAGCUUUCGAACUGAGGCCAAUUCAGAAUCUCAACGCUCAGAAGACGCCUGCCCACCUGAGGCAGCUCAUCGGCAGAGCGAUCUUCGACGCACGCCACCACUUGGAGCCGUCACCCUGUAGUUUUUUUUAUAACUUUAACCGUGUUUCAAAGUCAGACCUCAGAUCAGGCCUCUCUGAAUGUCUGGAGACAAUCGGCUGUGUCUGCGAAUCACAAGGAAUUAAUCUGAAGCGUUUGGGGUUGGGAAUCUUCGGGGCAGACGCCUGGAGUUGCAAUCACUUUUAUUGCUGGAAUAACCCCCCUUUUUGGGGGGAGGGGAGAUAUAUGAUUUGAAGGACACUCGGCAUUUUACGGAACUUAUCCCAAUUCAGUGCAGCCAUUUUUUCUCCUCUGAAAUCCGGAAAAUGAAACCCUAAAUCACAGCCUCCCAAACUGCUUCCGCUAAACUCCCAGGGGGAAAUUCUGAAUCGCAUCUGCCAGUCAUUGGUGCUUUGGAAGAUUUGUAGUUUUUGCCGUCCCAGAGAUUUUAAACACGGAGACGCUUUGGGGUGCGGAGUAGAGCUGUGGAAAUGAUUUGAGAGGCGUAAGCAGCCCGCCGUGUUUGGAAGGUCUAGAGGGGACUGGAUUCUGCUGGAGAAUCUUUGGCAGUCACUGUACUACAGGGCUCUUCUUUAGUCUGGUGGGGAGAGGCUGACUGAAAAGCAAGAGGCAGGAGGCUGAAGGCAGACCAAUACAAAUUGAAAAUAAGGGACCAAUUCUUACCCGUCAAGGUGAUGAAUAGCUGGGACGAACUACCAAUGGAAGUGGUGCGUUCUCCAGCUCUUGGGGUCUUGCCGUCCAGGCGAGAUUAAGUGACAUAAACUAAGCUGAAAACACAGAGAUAAGCAUCCUGCCUGGCGGGGAUGAAGCAGUCUUGAAUAGAUCGGCGGAGAGUCACCUUUUAGAUUUACACUGGAAAUAAAAUUAGGGCAAAUCUGAACCUCGGAUGGGGAUUUGAACUGAUCCGAGUUGGGGCUGCUGGCUUGGUUGGCUUUGCAAAAGCCCCUUUCUUGGCACCAUUCGGUGGAAUCAUCGAUUCCCCGCGCUGGAAAUCACUUGUCCCCUUUGGAAAACCAUGGUCAGUUUCUUCGCCUUUUCUGGAUCUGCUUUGGGGGCUCAGUUCCCACCCACGGUGCCUUUCCUGAUGUUGUGAGGUGCCCCGCAAAGCUGACCGGAGGUAAGAAGUUCCCCUUCUUUCACCGUUGGCAUUCAAGAGGCCUCGACUGCCCCACCUAGCAAGGCACUGUUCAGCUUAGCUUGUCGAAGAACAGCUGAGGAGAUGAUUCGGGAAUCCUGUUGUUGGAGGUUUUUAGGGACAGGUCAGACAAAACCCUGUCAGGGAUGGUCUAGGUUUAUUUGGUCCUGCCUCUGUGCCGAGAGCUGGACUGGACUACCUCUUGAGGUCCCUUCCGGCCCAUGGAGUCGUCCUUGCUCCUGGCCUGGAAGACCCUGUGUUUCCAUGUCCAAGGCUGGAACUCGAGUCUUGCGCAGGGCAGGGCGUUUGGUUUUGCAGAGCCCAAAGAUGGCGGUUGGCCUAAAGGAGACUGAGCAGGUGUGAGGGGCCGCAGGGAAUCCAUUUAGGUGAGACGUGCCCAGAUGAUGCCAGCAGGCCUAGGCUGCAGUGGAAGAUGAAACUUCCCCAUUGCCAAUCUGUCGAUGCUCCGCGCAGCAGCUCCAAGCACCUUAUCCAGGGUCCCGUCUCCAGCUGGGACUGGUCCCAGCUGCUUCAGAGAAGGUGGAAAAGCCCCAGACAAACCCAUCAAAGCCCAGAGUCAUGCGCGCGGGAAAUUCCUGUUGGCUGAAGCAUGUGCUUGGCUUGCUGCGGGCGUCGUGUCUGGCAGCCCAGGGCAGUGGAAACCAGCGGACAAAGGCAGGAGGAGAGGUAUUUCCUCCCAGUUUCAGCCCCCCAGUGAGCGGUGGAAUCGAGAGGACACACUCUCUCUCUCUCUCAGCUGUCAGGCUGGCUCCAGGAGUGACUGGUGAAAGCUGCUGGCCUCGUGUGUCAGAGCUCGGCUCGGCCGGUCGUUCAUAAGAGCCUGGGAUAUGUUGGAGGCUUUGGGAUUGUGCUGCUAAAUUUCUCCAUGGGUUUUUUUCCGUAUCUAGGUGAAACAUUUUAUGACUAGCAUGGAGCCCGUUUCCUCUGCUGGUGUCAGUUGGGGAUUCCCACAGCUGGGGGCCUGGCCCCAUUGACCCAACGGAGCUACGGCCCAUUGACCCCAACUGGGGGUCUGGCCCCAUUGACUCCAUGGAGCGAUGGAUGAUGGACCCUAGCUGGAGGUCUGGCCUCACUUACUGCACUGGAGUUACACCCAUGUAUCCCAGGUCGGGCUCUGGCCCAUUACAGCUCUUUGUGUAUUUAAUCUGGGCAGCUUUUUCCCUUGUGAGCCGGAGAGGAGUGCGUGGGUUGGACCCUUGGCUUGGCCCCAGUCAGCAGCAUCUGAAUUAACCCUUCCGCUCCCGGAUUACUGCUUUUGACUCUGAUCCAGCGAAGCCCCGUGGACAAAGCCCACACCGAAGUGGAGUUUUCGGUUUCUUUUUCUUGCUGACUUGAAGCUUUAAAAGAGAACAAAAACCACAAAGAAGUUUGAACCAACCACCUGCAGUUCUCUUGACUUUUAAGCCAGCCAGCUUGCCAUGGGCCAGGGUGUGGCUACUGAUUUCCUACCUUUGGCCACUAAAUCAACCGGCUGAUGGAGUAAACUGGCCACUCCGACAUUAUUCUCCCACUCCUUGUCUGUGUGACUCGUAUUAACUCUCCCGUGGAUGUCUCAGUUUUCUCUCUGUGUCCCCUGUUGUGUGUCAGAAACUGGCCCCCGACCACUUUCUCUCGAAUUUUCGUUCGACCCCCACCCAGGAGAGAGAAUUUUCUCACAAAUGAGACAAAACCUAUCCUCGGGAAUUGUUUGUGGCCGGCCGGGGGAAAUUGCUCAGACCAUGGGCUGGAAUUGAGCCAGGCCAGCCUGGAGGCGAAUAUAAAGUCUGACGGCACAGCUCCGGCCCCAGCGUCCGAGACUCUGUGCUCAGAUUAGCUGGCCUUUCAGCUCUCGCCGCUGCCCCAGCCGCACGUGAGAAGCAACUGGGCAACGAGCGACCCUGGUUUUUCAGUUUUAAUCUAGUUAGUGGAAUUCAGUAGAGCCAGGUCUGGGCACUAGCUGUUUCCUGAUCUGUAUUUCUGCUAACUAGGCCUGGUCCCCUUUCUGUUCCCCCGGCCUCCCUGCGUCAUGGCAUCUUUCUCCUGUUGAUUUCUUUUGCUGUUGAUUUAAUUUAACUUUUUAAAAUCAAACCCCAUUGCCCUGCCUGCAGGGUAGAAAAUCCUUUGGGUUUAUACUGCUAUUUACGGUUAAGGGUUUUUUUAAAUAAGUUGUGUUGAUGUUAAGAACUUUCCCUCCUCCCCUUUUUGAAAUAAAAUUAUUUCAGUCUAUCCAUCCCCAUACUAUCUAUCUAUCUAUCUAUCUAUCUAAUACACUUUCUAUCUGUCUGUCUCCUCACCUGGGGCAUACACCUUUUUGACGAUAGCCAUAGCCCUUGUAUGUUGCUACAAGCUUUUCUGGAUAGAAACUAAUGACUAGUGAGAUUUUUUUUUAAAUCAAACCUCAGAAGUCUCAAUUGUAUUUUUUUGGUUCUUAAAUUGUAAACCAGCGGACUUUCCUUUCCACACUUUGCGCCCCCCCCCCCCCCCAUCCUUCAAAUAACUCUGAAGCUUCCGGUUUUUGUAACUGUAUCUAUCCAUAUAUUUUUCUCUCCCCAAAUUUUAAAAUGCUUUUAGCAUAAGAACCUAGGUUUGGGUUUUUUUUUUUUUUGUUUAAACCUAAAAGUAUCUUUCACUGAAAUGAGCAGUCGGGUUAUUUUCUUCCUUGCGAUCUUGUCAAUUUACAGUUGUGUGUUAUAUUUACGAGGGGGAAAAAAAUUCAAGUAAGAAAUUUCAUGGUUUUUGUUGUUAAUCUUAUCAUUUAAAUCCCCCCCACCCCCGUUUUUUUUAAAGCUACUGACACGUUUAUUAGUGGAUGGAUAAAUGUUACCUCUACUUCCCUUGCACCUCAGCCCUAUGACUGUAAAAACCCUGUUGUCCCGCUAGCCCCAGAUCCCACGACUUGCUCCCUAGUUUAUCCAUGUAAGUUGGGACGGGUCCCGCUUCGGCAGGAAAAGUGGCAGUGGUGGGGACGCGUGGGAAGGCUGCGUGGCGGAGGCGAAGCCGGCAGGGGCGAUGUCUUUGGGAACGUGGUUCGCUUGGGUGGAUCUGGGCGCGUGGUACGGUCAGCUGUGACCGUGGAGAGAGACUUACAGUACUUAAUAAAAGUCUAUUCUUUUAGUAAA